UGAGUGAAAAUGGCUGAAGUGAAGGUGAAGAAGGAGGCGAACCUGUCGGACCCCGCGGAGAUCGAGAACAGGAUCAAAGAGCUGUGCCACCAGUUUCCUCUGGGUAUCACUGACCAGGUGAUCCAGAACGACCUGCCUCACCUGGAGCCCCAGCAGAGAGCCAUGGCCAUCAACAAGCUGCUGUCUCUGGGUCAGCUGGACCUGCUGAGGAACAGCUCAGGUCUGCUGUACAGACUGAAGGACUCCCAGAGCGCCAGGUAAGCUCACCUGAGUUCUGCACUACGACACAAGAUCAGGGGGUCAGGAAGGUCUGCUGAGCCUAAAGCCAGAGCUCAGUGUCACGAAGGUGGUUCNNNNGGAAUCUGGAGCAGGGACAUUCGCUUUAAGAGCAACCUUCCUCUGACGGAGAUCAACAAGAUCCUGAAGAACCUGGAGAGCAAGAAGCUCAUCAAAGCCGUCAAGUCUGUGGCUGCUUCCAAGAAGAAGGUCUACAUGCUGUACAACCUGCAGCCCGACCGCUCCGUCACUGGCGGCGCCUGGUACAGCGACCAGGACUUUGAGUCCGAGUUCGUCGAGGUUCUCAACCAGCAGUGCUUCAAGUUCCUGCAGAGCAAGGCUGAAGCUGCGAGGGACAGCAAGCAGAGUCCGAUGGUCCAGAGGAACAGCUCCUUCGCCACGUCGCACGAAGUCUGGAAGUACAUCUGCGAGCUGGGAAUCAGCAAGGUGGACCUGUCCAUGGACGACAUCGAGACCAUCCUGAACACGCUGAUCUACGACGGGAAGGUGGAGAUGACGGUGAUCGCGGCCAAGGAGGGCACGGUGGGCAGCGUGGACGGGCAGAUGAAGCUGUACCGAGGCGUCAACGCCGUCAUCCAGCCCACCGGCCUCGUCAAGACGCCCUGCGGACUCUGCCCGGUGUUCGAGGACUGUCACGAGGGCGGGGAGAUCUCUCCGUCGAGCUGCAUCUACAUGAGCGAGUGGCUGGACUUCUGACCGCCGGCCUCCACGCGCCGCUCCUCUGCCUUCUUCGUUUUUAUUUAAUAAACCGGCUGCUUCCUGUUCUGACUCCA